GGCAGAGAGAGAGAGAGAGAGAGAGAGUGAGCAGCAGCAGCAGCAAUAAAGCAUUUUUGGUUUCGAUUCUCGGUAUCUACUUACAAAAUCCUAACUCUGUGGCUACGGAAACACCAUUAGAUUUUCAUAUAAAUAGAUGAAAUUUGGUUCUUAUUUGUGAUAAGGACUAGUAUGGAUUAAAUUGUUUUUAACUUAUUUCUCAUCGACUCUGCAACUAGGAAAAAGCUUUCCAAAAUGCGAAACCCCUCCGCGGUUACCCAAGAAUCGAGCCCUGCUUUCGAUCUCGUGACUCAAUUCGGUCACUUAGCAUUCAACAAGAGUUUUUAUAGCUCAAAUUCAGAUGGGUUCUAUUCGUUUAAGCCAAAUUACAUGUAUUUUUCGGGGUUCGGAGGUUCAGUUUCUCAGAGAAGGCGUAGAGUUACAGCUGCUGCUUCACUCAGUUUGGGUGCUCGGAACAGCGUUUCUUCGAGUGUUAGGAGAAUCGUGAAUGAGUUCAAUAGAGUGAUUAAAUUUCACUGCGAUAGAAUCCCGAUUGGGUUCGCUUCGGUUCGGGUUGGUUCUGAGGAUAGCAACGGGUUGAGAGUAGAUGGUGGUGGUGGUGUUUUGGAGGUUGAAGGUUUGCCUUUGAAUGGAGUUGGAGCUGAGACCCCCAAGAAAGUUUUGAUUUUGAUGAGUGAUACUGGUGGGGGUCAUAGAGCCUCCGCUGAAGCUAUUAAGGCUGCCUUUUAUGAGGAAUUUGGAGACGAUUAUCAGGUAUUUGUUACGGAUUUGUGGUCUGAACAUACGCCCUGGCCAUUUAAUCAAUUACCCAAGAGCUAUAACUUCUUGGUGAAACAUGGAUCAUUGUGGAAAAUGACGUAUUAUGGAACUGCUCCACGGGUGGUUCAUCAGUCUAAUUUUGCUGCAACUUCAACAUUCAUUGCUAGAGAGGUUGCCAAAGGGUUGAUGAAAUACCAGCCAGACAUUAUUAUCAGCGUACAUCCACUGAUGCAACAUGUUCCACUUCGUAUUCUGAGGGCAAAGGGUCUACUAAAGAAGAUAGUCUUUACCACAGUGGUCACAGACUUAAGCACCUGUCAUCCUACAUGGUUUCAUAAGCUUGUAACAAGAUGCUAUUGCCCAACAGCAGAAGUAGCAAAAAGGGCAUUAAAAGCUGGACUUCAACCAUCCCAAAUUAAGGUUUAUGGCCUUCCAGUGCGACCUUCUUUUGUGAAGCCUGUCCGGCCAAAGAUUGAGCUGAGGAGAGAAUUAGGAAUGGAUGAGGAUCUUCCUGCUGUUUUGCUCAUGGGAGGAGGGGAAGGAAUGGGGCCCAUUGAGGCUACUGCUCGUGCACUUGGAAAUGCAUUAUAUGAUGAGAACCUUGGGGAGCCACUAGGUCAAAUCCUUGUGAUUUGUGGCCGCAACAAAAAGCUUGCCAGCAAAUUGCUUUCAAUUGAUUGGAAAAUUCCUGUCCAGGUCAAGGGAUUUGUCACUAAAAUGGAGGAAUGCAUGGGUGCUUGCGACUGCAUUAUUACAAAGGCGGGCCCAGGGACUAUUGCUGAGGCUAUGAUACGAGGUCUUCCUAUAAUUUUGAAUGACUACAUUGCUGGGCAGGAGGUUGGAAAUGUUCCUUAUGUGGUGGAAAAUGGAUGUGGGAAAUUUUCCAAGUCACCAAAAGAGAUAGCUAAUAUUGUUGCCCAGUGGUUUGGACCCAAAGCAGAUGAACUCAAGGCCAUGUCACAAAAUGCUUUGAAGUUGGCAAGGCCUGAGGCUGUGUUCAAGAUUGUCCAUGAUCUUCAUGAGCUUGUUAGACAGAGAAAUUUUGUACCCCAAUUUUCCUGUACAACAUAAUUCCAGUGGGAAAAACAAAAUCAUAUGAUUUAAUCAUUCCAUUAAUUUGCU